AUGUCUCAUAAGAGAGCCUGGCCGUUUGCUACCAAAUCCAUCCGGAGCGUAUCCGAUCUCGAAAACUAUCUCGAGGGGUUAAAUACCAAUGACCCGCUUGCUUUCACUCCCUACUAUGCACCAGAUGCCAUUUUCAAAUGGAGUGGCCAGCCUGACAGAUCAAUCAACGAGUUCUUGGAUUGGGUCCUGGAUGUGCAUAUCGCUGUGACCGAAAAACUCUCUCUUCGGAAGGCCAUCUUUAACGGAGACGGUACAGUCAUCGCGGCUGAAGUCACGAUGCAAUUCCAAGGCAACGGUAAUUUUGAGACGGACAAUUUUGUCGGAAAAUGGGGCCCAGUAUGGCCUGGAAAUGGCCCGUUAGUGAGGGCCUACGUAUGGUAUACCUUGGAUAAGGAUGGACAUAUCAUCGAGGCUAUCGAGGACGCGCAUCUAUUGAAAGCUGCAACACGACCAUCAAGGAUUGGUAAAUCACUUCUGUAA